GUGCGCAGUGCCGAUUUGACGUUUCAAUCAAAAGUUUAAAUGACGCCGGACGCAAUACAAUCUCAGUAAAAAGACAGAGAGACACACAAUGGCAUCCGUUUCGUUGGAAAGUGUCGGGGACAAGGAACAAGAGGAUCCGAUUCGAUGCAUAUUUUUUGCCGAAUUUCACCAUAUAGCGGGACCCAAAAUUACAUGCCAGGUACCUGACAAUUACAUAUCUAAGGACAUAUUCGACAAUGUCAGUGUUUACAUCAUACCAAAGGCGCAAUUACAAAGAAGUACCAUUACAAUCACGUUAAAGGACUAUAAGAUUUUGGGCUUCCCCGUGAAGAUUGACGAUAAGAAAUACGCAAGAAAUGCGUUUUAUUUCAACUUGUGUUUUGUCUGUGAUGCGAAUGCUCGUACUGUCCAUUAUGAGCCAGUGGUCAAGAAGAUGUCGGAUUUCUUGAUGGCUUUGGAAAUAGAAAAUUGCUUUCUAUCUGCCUCGGAUGACAAGACCAGACUGGCGGAGAUGCUCGCUCAAGUCAUGCAGGAUUUGAAUAUGCACAAAAUGUGUACAUUGACUGAGGGAACAAUGACAUCACAUUUGAAAGUUGUGAGAUUAGCGCCUGAGCCAAAGCCAGUUCUCGAUCAUCAGGUACCAAUAUUUUUGGAAGACAAAGAGUCAUUUCAGUGCGAUCAAUGGGAUUUGACUACGCAACAAGUGUUACCUUACAUCGAUGGUUUUAAUCAUGUGGCGCGCAUAGCGGCUGAGGCCGACGUGGAGAAUAAUUUGGUCAAAAGCUGCGUGCAAAAUCUUGUAUAUUAUGGGGUUGUAACUUUGAUCCCAAUAUUUCAAUAUAGUAACGUCUAUGCCGUAACUCCAAAAUUAAGAAAAUUACCGGACGACCUAAAAUUACAGGAAAGGUGUAUAGCGUACGCUUCCAAGUUAGCUAGACAACCGGCGUUUUUUAGAGAUAUAUACCGUAUGUAUUCGAGUAUGACUUACGGCGUCAGUAUGAAAGACUUGUGCCAACGUCUCAAUCCACAGAACCUAAGAAUAAAUGAGAGAAGGCUGGUACAAUUUGGUUUGAUCGAGGGGCUUAUUAGAAGGGUGUACAAUUAUCCUGUACUUCUUCCUGGUGCAUCUUGCAGCGAAGAAGCAAAAAAUAAUCCAAUUUAUAAGUAUUUCACAGGCACGUACAGCCUCGAUGAAAUAUGCUGUAGCACGGGCCAGUCCGCCGCGCAAAUUGAAGAUCUCAUCGAGCGCGAUGCAAACGUUCUAAUGAUAUGGAAGUGAUGUGUCGCAGAGACUUAAAAGACUGUAAAACUAGACAAUUUUCUAUAAACUUGUUACAUCUAUGUAAAAAAAUUAUAUAUGUAUAUAUGUA